AUGAGCCUAAUAAACCCACAGGCGGGCCGCGCCGCAGCACGCGCGGCAGAGCAUGGAGCCCCCUCCGCCUUGGCCGGCCUGGACGCCGCCACCUCCAGGAUCGCCUCCCACGGCCGCGCCGGAGACGCCGCCGCGGCGCGCGCCGUGUUCGACGCGAUGCCCCGCCGCGACGCCGUCGCGUGGAACGCCAUGCUCACCGCCUACGCCCGCGCCGGCCAGCCGCGCGCGGCCCUCGCGCUCUUCGCCGGCAUGGGCACGCCGGACGCCUUCUCCCUCACCGCAGCGCUCUCCGCGGCGGCGGCCCUCCGCUCGCCCGGCGCCGGCGCGCAGCUCCACGCCCGACUCCUCCGCAUCGGCCUGCGCGCGCCGCUCCCCGUCGGCAACGCGCUCGUCGCCAUGUAUGCCAGGUGCGCCCGCGCGGACGACGCCGCGCGCGCCUUCCGGGAGAUGCGCGGCCGCAACGCGCUGUCCUGGUGCUCGCUCCUCCACGCCUACGUCGCCUCGGGCCGUAUGGCGCUCGCGCGCGAGCUGUUCGACGAAAUGCCCGCUGGAAGCAUCAGCAGUGUUGCCUGGAACACGCUGCUCACGGGGUAUUCCCGCAGUGGCAAUGCCGAGCAGUGUCUGCUUCUGUUCAACGAGAUGCGGGUGUCGGGACUGUCUUGCGACGAUGCAACGCUCUGUAUUCUAAUCGACGCUUGCACGGAGCUGCGCUACCCAUCCACCGGCGUUGCAGUCCACAAGAUCGUUGUGCAGAGUGGCUGGAAUGCGGUCCCUGAGGUCAAUAACUCACUUAUUUCCUUCUACAGUAAGUUCAGCUUGCUAGAUCAUGCCGUCAAGAUCUUCGAGUCUAUGAAGAGUAGAACCAUUGUGUCCUGGAAUUCACUGAUCGAUGCAUACACCAGGCUUGGCCACAUUGAACAAGCUGCUGCUCUGUUUCAAAGUGCUCCUGAGACCAAUGACAUCUCCUGGACUUCGAUGAUUGGUGGUUUUGCGAGGAAUGGCUACGUAGAUGAGGCCCUUGCACUAUUUGUCAAGAUGUUGGCACACGAGCAUAUCCGUCCCGAUGAUUUCACUUUUGGAGCUGUGCUUCAUGCUUGCGCUACCGCUGCUUCUCUGGCCAAUGGAAGGAUGAUCCAUGCCUGUGCAUUCCAAAGUGGUUUUGCUUCAUACUUGUAUGUGGCCAACAGCUUGAUGGACAUGUAUGCCAAGUGUGGCGAUGUCGAGGGUGCAGGCAAUGUGUUCCAUGCCGUUCUUCAAAAGGACUCUGUCUCGUGGAACACCAUGCUGUUUGGGUUCGCGAUAAAUGGAUGGGCAAAGGAAGCAUUUGCGCUGUAUGAAAGGAUGCUGUCCCACGAUGUUUGCCCCGAUGAAGUCACGUUCACAGGCUUGCUCACAGCCUGCAGCCAUUCUGGCUUCCUGGAGCAAGGGAGAACCUUUUUUGAGUCGAUGGUGUCUGUCCAUGGACUGAAGCCAACCCCAGAGCAUUUAGCUUGCAUUCUCGACAUGUAUGCUAGAUCUGGGAACAUCGCAAAAGCCAUUGAGAUGCUGGAACAAUACUCUGACACGGUUCAUACGCAUAGCAGCGAUAUGCACGAGUCUCUGCUUAGUGCCUACUCAUCAGUUCACCUGGACACAAGAAUCGGAAGGAAGGUGGGGAGCAGCAUGGUGUCGACGGAGCCUGUGAGAGACACCGGCUAUGUGGUCCUGUCCAACUUGUUGUGCGCCACUGGGCAGUGGAAGGAGGCGGAGGGGGUGAGGAGAGCCAUGGCAGAGCAUGGUGUCAAGAAGUCUCCUGGCUGUAGCUGGAUCCAUGUGAAGGGUGCUGCUAAGGUGUUUGCAUCAGGUGGGCAGGAACUUGAUCCAUCACAUAGAAUAUGCGAUAUCAUUCAGUUGUUGGAUGAAGAAAUAAGAAAUACUGUGUGUUGCGGUGCAUAA